AUGAAGUCGCUCACUGCAGCCCUCGGGCUCAUCGCACCUGUUCUGGCUGGCCUUCGUUUCCCAUGCUCGACUUUGACCUUUCAACGCCUUGAUCCUGUCGUCCAGCCAGGCUCAAACCCGUCCGCUCAUGUUCAUCACAUCGUGGGUGGAAACGCCUUCAACGCCACUAUGACAGGAGAUGUUAGCCAGAGGGCCACCUGCACUACCUGCCAAAUGGCGGAGGACUUCUCUAAUUACUGGACUGCCACCUUGUACUUUAAGAAUCCUACCAACGGGUCCUACCACCGUGUUCCCGUUGUUCCUGUUCAACCUCUGUUGGGAAAUUCGAACGGUGCCGAAGGUGGAAUUACUGUCUACUAUACCCAGUUUGACUUAUCUAAGGAUAACCUGAAGCAACAGCCAAUCAAAAGCUUCCAACCAGGCUUUCGCAUGACGGUGGGCAGCCCAACUAAAACCUCACAACCGCAAAUCGGCCUACGUUACCAAUGCCUGCAAGGGAAUAACAGAGGUGCAGAGAUGCCCGACUUCCCCACCAAGCCAUGCUCAGGCGGUUUAUUCACUACUCACCACUUCCCUGCGUGUUGGGACGGCAAGAACCUUGAUAGCCCAGACCACCAGUCUCACAUGUACAACACUAUCAAGUUGGAUGGUUUCACGAACGCCCCAGCAUGCCCUUCCUCCCACCCUGUCCGUGUACCACAAGUGACCUACGAGACCACCUGGGAUACGACCAAGUUCAACAGCAUGUGGCCUUCAGGCGGCCCUAACCCUUUUGUGUGGAGCUUCGAGGGUAGUGGGUACGGUACCCACGCUGAUUAUAUGUUCGGCUGGAAGGGCGAUGCGCUCCAGCGUGCUAUGGACAAGUCCGAGUGCUUCUACGACGGCUGCGGUUCUAUUACGAAGCAGGCCAUGGCUACCGCCAACCAGUGUACCAUCAAAGACAUGGUUCAUGAGGAAACUGUAGGAUGGCUUACACAGCUCCCACGCAUGGACUAA